AUGCACGCCCCCCCGGACGUUGGUUGCGUUGGUUGCAAGCGGGCGUAUCACUACACUCAGGCGCAGCAGACCACCGUCCUCCUCAGCUGCAGACUCGGAGGGACGCUCUUGAUCAGGAGAAUGGAACCGGCAGGCGGCGAGUCACCAGCACGUGCCGCUUCGGGAGCGCCGACCAGGGGGAGCGAGAACGAUGCCUUGCUCGGAUGGGGAAGCGGCGGCAACGCCAGCAACACGAUGAUUCCUAGCACCGUGGGGAGGGGGAGGGGCAAGGGCAGCAGCAAGCUGAAGGGGGGCUCCGGCGACCGCGGCGGGACGACCGCUUACACGGAGGGACCGCUAGGGUCUGGCGCUAGGUCUAGGAUGGCUUCCUACGACUCGGCGACUACUCUUGGCCUACCGAGGCGUGUGUCGAGCCGGGUCCGACUGGAAUCGUGGGAAUUCCCUGGAUGGGGGAGCCACUUUACCAUGAACCCACCGCCUGGGCUCGCCCUGUCGAACCCUAGCAAGGACAACGGGGGCCACGAGAAGCUGGGAGAGUGGUACGCGACGGCAAUAAGCGGAAACGACAUCCUCUCGAGUGUGCUGUACGUGACUGGCCUGGUGACCGGAUUCGCUGGCUGGUUAUCCCCGGUGUGCCUGCUCAUGGUCGCGGGGAUCCUCUACCUCUACAGGUUUAUCUACGGCGAAGCAAUCUCCGCGUUGCCGAUGAACGGCGGCGCGUACAACGUGCUGAUCAACACGACCAGCAAGCCGGUGGCAUCCUUCGCCGCUUGCCUUGCCGUCAUCUCGUACAUCGCCACCGGGGUCGUCUCCGCCGCAACCGCCGUCUCCUACCUACAGACGCUGAUACCAGCGGCCGGGUUGAUGACAUGCACCAUCGGCCUUCUGUUUUUCUUCGCCUGCCUCAUGACCAUGGGUAUCUCCGAGUCGGCGGGCGUAGCGUUAGGAAUGUUCGUCGUACACGUGUUUACACUAACGGCGGUGUGUGUCUUGUCGGCGUGUUACGCCUUCUACAACGUCACCAUCCUCAAGGAAAACCUGCAACAGGAUUUCCCCGCGGUGACGGUGGGCGGCACGGUGGUGGAAGGGACCUGGGUAACCGCAAUAUUGUUCGGGGUCUCCAGUGCCAUGCUUGGCGUGUCGGGAUUCGAGUCGUCCUCGCAGUUCGUUGAAGAGCAGGCCAAGGGCGUCUUCGUCAAGACCCUUCGUAACAUGCAGUGGGGUGUUGCCGUCUUCAAUCCCGCCAUCUGCCUUCUGAGCUUGUGCGUAUUGCCUAUGGAGGAGAUCAUCGAGUACAAGCACUCCAUGUUGGCGAUCAUGGCCAAGCGGGUCGGGUACUGGGCCGGCGGGUGCCUCGGCUUACCUACCCCGGGGUUGGACCUCGGCGAGAUAUUCGCGUUUUGGGUGUCGCUUGACGCCUUCGUCGUGCUGUCGGGGGCCGUGUUGACGGCGUACGUGGGCAUCAGCGGUCUGCUAGCGAGGAUGGCCAAGGACCGCUGCCUUCCGCAGUUCAUGCUCAGGAAGAACAAGUGGAGAGGGACGUACCACUACACUAUCUUCGGAUUCUUCUUGCUGGCUACAAGUCAAGUCAUCAUCCUGCAGGGGGACAUCACGACCUUGUCAGGCGUGUACACGUUUUCAUUCUUGGGGGUGAUGACCCUUUUUUCCGUCGGCACGAUCCUGCUCAAGUUCAAGAGGCCCUCGCUCCCGCGAGAGGUCACGGUCAGCUACGCUACCACCCUCGUCGGGAUUACCUGCGUGAUUACCGCAUUCGUUGGGAACAUGCUAAGCAAGCCCGAGGUGGUGUCGUGGUUCCUGAUCUACUUCAUGGCGGUGGGGUUCGUAGUUGUCCUGGUUUUCCUUCGGGUGCGGCUGCUCAAGAUCUUGCUCAAGUUCGCGCACCCCGUCUGCUGCGACGGCGUCACGUCGAGCAUAAAAGACCAGCUUCACGAGCUUCAAGACGAGCCGUUCGUGUUCUUUUGCAAGCAACCAGAUACGUACGUCAUUAACAAGGCUAUUCUAUAUGUCAGGGACAACGAGCACACAAAUAGGCUGAUCGUGGUGCACUGCUCCAACGAUGUCGAAGGAGCGACGAUCAAGACGCUAUCCAAGCACAUCGAAAUGUUCGACACCAUGUACCCGAAGAUCAAGAUCAGCUUGUUGACGGUGACCGGUAGCUUCAGCCCCGGAACCAUAGACUGGUUAUCCCAAGAGCUCGGGGUCCUCAAGAACAAGUUCUUCAUCACGUGCCUGGACUCGGUCUUCAAGUACAAGAUUCAGGAGCUCGGAGGUGUGCGUGUCAUCACGCACUGACUUUGUGACUUUGGCUUUACUUCGGAGUUGGCGGUGCUGCCCCUCGAAGGGACGGCGCCCCGUUAGGUCGUUUCUCUGCCGUUCGCGACGGGCGGGACCUUUAACGUAUGAAUGUGCGCCACAAUCUCUACGCACGUGCUCUCGGGGUGGUGGGGUCUGUACGAUUACGGGGGCUCUCGGCCUAUCCGUUUGGGUUGGGACAACUUUGGUGGUAAGGUGCCUCUUGCAUCUGCCAAGGCUUGUGGGUAAUGCCUCAAUGAACGAGUGGGGAUU